AUGACUGAAGCCAAACUAUUUUGGGAACAAACGUUACGUGAUUGCAAUGAUGAAAAACAUUUUCCCUUUCCUUAUGAUCAUCCAGAGCGCCUUACUUCUCCUCGUUCUGGUCGUGGAUCAACUAUUUCUUUUGAACUCGAUACAGAAUUAGUACAAUUGAUAACCAACUUUGCCAAUCAAUCCAAAGCUUCAUUGUAUCAAGUAUUUCUUACUACCUAUUUUGCUUACUUAUUUAAACUGGCUCAAAACGAGUCAGAUUUGUGUGUAUUAAGUGUUGUUGCCAAUAGACCUCGCCCCGAGCUUCAUUCGAUGGUUGGUAUGUUUGUCAACAUGAUUCCUUGUCGUUUACAACUCGAUCCUCAAAGUUCAUUCAAUGAACUUCUUGUCACUGUUCAAAAUCUUCUUAUCAAUGCUCUUGUUCAUUCUCAAUUUCUCUAUCAGAAAAUCGUGUCAUCAAUACCGAUUUCUGUCAAUACUGAAUUCUUAUAUGAAACAAAAGAAGAAUAUGGCGCAAGUGACAAUAUUUUAUUGGAUGACAACAUUCAUUUGACUCGUGUCGACUCAGUGAAUGGGGACAACACUCAAGUAGCUAUUUUUGAUCUUAUUAUCACUGUUCGACAUGAUCCAGACAAUAAAACUAUAAAAGUAUUAUUCAAUUAUUCGCAAGAUCUAUUUGAUAAAUGCACAAUAAAAAUAAUGACAGAGCGUUUUCACGUUCUUUUACGACAAUUGUUUGAACAGAAUAUUGAACAACAACAACAACCAAUUUUUAGUCUUUCCUUGCUAUUACCUAAUGAAAUACGGCUGCAACAUGAACUCAACAGUACUCAUUUGGACUAUAAGCAUUCACUCAAUUGUCUUCCAGAAGAUUUUGCUCAGCAUGCAGACAUACAGCCUCAAAAAGUAGCUAUUAUACUGGAUGAACAAUCCGUAACAUACGGUGAACUUCUCCACAGUGUAAAUCAACUUGCAUUUCGUCUAUCGACUGAAUUCAACGUUCAACCAGGUGAUAUUGUUUGUCAAUGUAUUCAACGAUCGAUAGAGAUGAUUGUUGGCCAACUGGCUAUUCUUGCAUGUGGUGCUGUUUAUGUGGCCUUGUCACCGAAUGAUCCGCCCUCGCAUCUUGCCAUUCUUAUUCAGCAGACUGGGGCUCGUCUUACUCUUGUUCAACCGACGACACGUGCUAAAUUCGACAGCAUCAUAACGACAUUAGAUGUGACCCAUGAUAUACAAACGGAUGAGCUACCGCCUCCUGUUCAAGUCAAACUCGAUAAUCUGGCUUAUCUUGUUUUCACGAGUGGCUCCACUGGUGAACCGAAAGCCGUUUCAAUCACACAUCGCAAUUUUGUGUCAUGCAUCUUGUCAUUCGAACAUUUUGACAUUUUCAAUCAGCGAGAUAUUGUUAUUCAAAUGGCUCAAUGUUCGUUCGACGUUCAUGUCAAAGAAUGUUUGGGCACUUUAAUGUUGGGCGCUACACUUGUUCUUCUGCAUCCAAAUGGCAAUAUGGAUGUCGAUUAUCUUUUGACAACAGUUGAACAACACCAAGUGACUUUCUUCAAUAUUGUUCCAUCUCUUAUGACUAUUCUAUGUGAUCAUCUAGUGGAAAUAGAUAGCUUUCAGAAGUUGUCGAGUAUCCGAUCAUUCGGCUUUCUUGGCGAGGCAAUCAUUCCAAAGACGCUUACCAUAAUGGUAGAUCACAUGAAUUUAAAAAAUAUUCGUCUAUACAAUUUGUUUGGUCCUGCUGAAUGUACACUUACAUCGGUCUAUCAUGAAGUGACGCACGAAGAUAUUAAACGUGGUGAAAUUCCAAUUGGUCGUCCAUUUCCCAAUAUGCAAGCGUUCAUCUUGGAUGAAUAUCGGCAACAUGUUAUUCCUGGUCAAGUGGGCGAAUUAUAUCUCGGCGGUGUUCAACGUUUCCCAGGUUAUUUCGGUCGAAAUGAUCUCACUGACCAGGUUAGUACGAAAAUGAAGAUAAUAUGCCAAUUUUAA